AUGUCGUCACAAGUUUUAUCGAAAACUACAGUGGCCCCGAAUUCUAAUGGUUCUACUAGUCUUACGGAAAGGAAAUCCGAUAAUGAUACCACGGCAAUGCACGCUACUUCGGAGGUGUCGCCACCUCAAGUUUUAUUGAAAACUGCAGUUGCUUUGGUUUCUAACGGUGACGGAAAUUGUUACGAAUGUAACAUUUUAUUCGAUGAAGGAGCACAGAGAACAUUUAUUUGCCAAAGAUUCGCAAACACGUUGGAUUAUAUAUCGUUAGGAGUCGAGGAACUUCACAUAACUGGAUUCGGUGAUAAGAAGCUAGUCAGACAUGUGGAGAAAAUUCGUAUUGAUGUACAUACUCAAGACCACCACAGCAUUAAUAUGGAAACUGUUAUUGUACCGGAAAUAGCAGCUCCGAUUGAAAUGUGUAUGAAGGACGUUUGCAAGCUACCGUACAUCAGGAAUUUGAAGUUAGCACACCGUAUACCUGUCAACGACAAAUUCGAAGUUCAAUUAUUAAUCGGCGCGGAUUACUACUGGAGUUUUGUGGAAGACAAUGUUAUACGCGGCAAUGGCCCGAUUGCCGUCAAAUCAAAGUUAGGAUAUCUUCUAUCCGGACCUACAAACAGGAAAUCUACAUACCAAGGAGCGUCAACGGCUGCGUUGCGUAUCUUAUCACAUCGAGAAAAUGUGGAAUACGAUUUGGAAAGGUUCUGGAAAUUGGAGACGUUAGGCAUAUCGACAGAAGAAAACGACGAAAGUAUGGAUGCGAAAAUUAAGCAUUAUCAAGAAAAUAAUAUAUACUUCCGGGACAAUAAAUAUUAUACAAUUUUGCCAUGGAAAAAUGAAUAUCCGGAACUACCAACAAACGAGAACAUUGCAAAAAUGAGAACAGCAAACGUUGUGAAGUGCCUAGCGAGAGAGCCAAAAAUGCUAGAAAUAUACGGAGAUAUCAUUAGAGACCAAGAGAGUCGUGGUUUUGUGGAAAAAGUGCCUACAGAAGAAAUUUCUACUAAAAAACAGAUACAUUAUAUUCCUCACCAUCCAGUGAAAAAAGAUUCCAUCACAACGCCGAUACGGAUAGUUUAUGACUGUAGUUGUAGACAAGAUGGCUCAUCACCAAGUCUGAAUGAUUGUCUAUCAUCUGACCCACCUAUCCUGAACGAGUUAACGGGAAUUUUGACACGUUUUCGCGCAAAGAAAUACGGAAUUUCAACGGACAUCGAAAAGGCGUUUCUUCAAAUAAAUCUGGACGAGAACGACAAAGAUGUGACUAGAUUUUUCUGGUUGGAAAAUCCACGAAAUCCAAACAGUGCACUCAUUGCGUAUAGAUUUAGAUUUGUUUUAUUUGGAGCAACUUGUUCGCCAUUCAUAUUGAGUGCAACACUGAUGAAACACGUUUCAGAUAAUCCUUCGGAAACAGCGGAUACCAUACAACGGGACAUUUAUGUUGACAACAUACUAACAAGUGUUAACACAGAAGAUGAUGCUCGGAAAUUUUUUCACGAAUCGCGAAAAUUGUUGUCCGACGCUGGAUUUAACUUACGUUCUUGGGCCUCCAACAGCACAGUUCUUCAAGAAACAGCGAAAACAGAAGCAGUUAUUGAUCAAGACUUAGAGACAAAAAUUCUUGGAAUGCGAUGGGAUCCAGAACAGGACAUACUAACAUUUGCUAAGAAAGUCAGUAACACAGAGUCAAGAUUUAUCAGCAAGCGUGAAAUACUACGUCAAUCAUUAUCUAUAUUUGACCCACUUGGACUUCUCGGACCGGUUACGAUAAGGGCAAAACUGUUGAUGCAACAACUUUGGAAGCAAAAACUGUCAUGGGAUGAGAUAUUACCGAAACACAUACAUUCGGAAUGGAUUGAUAUGUCACGAGAUAUACAAUCGGCAUUAGCGGAAACUAAACUCCCUCGACAUUUUUUCAACGAAUCGACUCAAAAUCACCCAUCUACGCUACAUGUGUUCGUGGAUGCGAGUGAAAUAGCAUAUGGAGCGUGUGUGUAUAUUUACAACGGAGAAAAUGCAACAUUGAUAAUAGCAAAAAACAGGGUUGCGCCUUUGAAAAACAUCACUCUUCCUAGGCUGGAACUGAUGGCCGCUGUCAUAGGAGCCAGAUUAGCAAACAAUGUUCAACAAAGUAUAUGCCUAGAUUUGAUUCAGUAA